ACGCGGCAGAAACCAAUCAGUAGCCAAUCAGCUUUGAGGAACUCGGUUGCUCGACCAAUCAGAAGUUCACAAUCUCGGGACCUCUGUGAUCUGUUCAGCUCGUCCGCAUACUGCACCUCUCAACAUUUCUUGUGGAAAUCUUUAGACAAGACAACCAAGAGACUGUAUAGAGAGACCUAUAGUUGCCAGUUUUGACGGGUUGGGUCUCCCCACCCACUACACCCCACUAUGCCUUUGGUGACAAGGAAUAUAGAGCCGCGGCAUGUGUGUCGCCACCCCAUUCCUUCCAGCAUCCGCAGUGAGCUGGAAUGUGUCACCAAUGCCAGCUUGGCCAACAUCAUCCGCCAGCUCGGAAGCCUCAGUAAAUUUGCAGAGGAUGUCUUCGGGGAACUCUUUGUCCAGGCUGGAGCAUUUGCCGUCAGAGUACAUACAUUGGGAGAAAGAGUAGAUCGUCUGCAGGUCAAAGUCACACAACUGGACCCCAAAGAGGAGGAGGUCUCUUUGCAGGCCAUCACUACGCGCAAGGCCUUCCGUAGUAGUGUGACCCAGGACCAACAGCUGUUCACCAGGCCAUCUCUGCCAGUCCCUGUACAAGACACCUACAAAACAUGUGAUCCACCUCCACCCCUCAAUCACCUCAGCCAUUAUCGAGAGGAUGGGAAGGAGGCCCUGAAGUUUUACACUGAUCCUUCCUACUUCUUUGACCUAUGGAAGGAGCAGAUGCUGCAGGACACCAAGGACAUCAUGAAGGAGAAACGCAAACACAGAAAGGAGAAGAAAGACCAUCUGAACCAGCGGACACUCAAUCCUCGAAAGAUCAAGACAAGGAAGGAGGAAUGGGAACGCCGCAAGAUGGGAGAGGAGUUUGUGGUGCCAAAGAAUGACAUGCUGAAUUCUUCUGAGGGCCUGAAUGGCAGCAUUGGAUCUGGAGAAGGCUUCAAUUCUGAAGCUCUCGAUCAGAGUACCAGCUCCUACGGCUAUGACCCACUCUCCCCGCUCUCACCGCCUGGCCCAGAUGAUUUCCUGCCUCCCCCACCUCCAGAAAUGGCGUAUAAUGAUGGACAGUAUGGAGCGCCAACCCAGAAGCGUGUCAGUCUGCUUAGUCCAAGCCACCCACCUCCUGCUCCCCCCAUGGCUUCUCCCACAUCUAACUCCCGCCCACACCUCUCCCCUCCUCCUGCCCCUCCUCCACCUCCACCAUCCUCUGGUUUUGGGAUUCCCCCACCUCCCCCUGGCUUCGACACUCCACCUUCCCCUCCUUCGUUCUCUUCUUCUGCUGCCUAUCCCUCCCCACCUGCUCCCCCUGUUUCAACAGCUAUAUCUGCUGUUUCUCCUCCUCCUCCACCACCUAUGCCUGCAGGUGGUGGUCCACCACCUCCUCCUCCUCCUCCACCUCCCCCUGGCCCUCCUCCCCCAUCCUUUAUUGACUCUGCUCCUCCUCCUCCUUCUGGUGGUGGUGUUGGGGCUCCCAGCUCUGCUCCUAAACCACAGCCAGCUCCAGCCAGUGACGGUCGCUGUGACCUACUGCAGGCCAUCCGACAAGGGUUCAACUUGCGGAAGGUGGAGGCACAGCGGGAGCAGGAGAAGAGGGACACCUCUGGCAACGAUGUGGCUGCCAUCCUGUCCCGUCGUAUUGCUGUGGAGUGCAGCGACAGCGAGGAUGACUCUUCUGAGUUUGAUGAUGACGAUUGGUCCGAGUGAUCCUCAUUCCUUUUCACCUUCACUACCGCCUUUGUAUCUUUCCUCAGCCAUAAACUGUGUCAGAGUAUUUCCAUUGAGACUAAGUAUCAGUGGAGAACAGGUCCAUGUUCUGUCUUUGUGAGUAAGACAGAGUGUGAGAAUUACUAAUCACAUUCCUCAGCCAAUUUAUUUCCAUUUAUUCAAAAAGAAUUCAGAUCAGAGGUGCAAAAUUUCAAAGAUGAGACUGAGUGUGCUGGUUGUGUCCCAGUUUACCACUGCUUUCACUGGAUCGAUUGGUUUUGCUGUUAUUGAUGUGAGAGUGCUGUGUGUAGUGAUGCACGUCUCUCUGCUGUGCCUGUGCGUAAACACAUCACUUCUGUCCUUAUUUUAGUGUCUGUUUGAAUCAGGUGCCUUUUGCUGCAGCCCAAGUGCCUGAUUUUAUCUGCUUUAGCAUAUUACGGCAAAGAAUAAUAAAGAUGGACUACACACAUGCAGGCAACCUUUUGUAUACACAGUAUUUGUAUCUACUCAGUGGGAAGACACAAGGUGAUGAUGUCAAAACAUUAUCCCUCAUUCAUAGAAUAUAUGAUGUAAAGACCUAUUUACUAAAGAUAAUUAAUGCAAUCGCUUUAAAUUUAUUUUGUCACUUUUCAACCCUUUGCUUUUAUAUUCUGUUGUUUUUUUCUGUGGUUGUCAUGGGAACAAUUGACUUGUGGAUGAGCCAUGGUUGUGCCUUGUAAACAAAUUGAUGAAUUUAUUACUGAGUGUGGUAGGGGAAGUAUUGGCUCAGGUCAGACACCUGGAGUGUUUGAUGGCAUCCCCAUACAGAACGUAUGCACACAUUUAACAUUUGUGAUUCUCGUGAUAUGUUUUGUACUGUGUCUCAGCUCUGUCACGAAUUUCCUCCUUCAAAUUUUAAUUUUUUUCUUUGGAUGAACUAGGCUAGUUUUUCUUUUGAACUUUUCUAGGGAUACACUAGGCUCUGGUGUUUUAAAGACCGUGCUCUGUGUAGAGUCGGGCGGCCCUCUGCCUUAUCCCUGUGCCUGAGAAGUGCCUUUUUGUAGUGCAUUUCAGUGAUUCUGGUUACCACUCUUAUCACUGAUCAGCUUCUUCCACAGAUAUAACUGCCAUUGAUGAGUCUAAUGUAGAGCUCACUAAUGUUUAGUGUGGACCACUCUUUUCCAAGUGCCUUUUAUUUUAAGUCUGCCUGUGUUAAAGCACAAUCACAGCCUACAUUGCCCCAGUUCUGCGUCUUCUGCCUUACAUUUUAAAAUGAUUAUAGAUAUUUCAAUAAAGAUAGUGAAAUAACAGUAAUUGUUUAGAUUUCUUCACAAGAAUGUUUGAUUUCCAUGUAUUCUUUGUUGUGUUCCAUAAGUUCCCAAGAAAGUCGAGCCUCAUACUUUA